AUGCUCUCACGUGUUGCUGCAGUGAGGGCACCCCGCACACACAACCGUCGCCGCGUGACCGUAUCCAGCGGGAGGAGGAGGGAAGGAGGAGAGAGUGAGCCGCGGAGGCCCAACAUGUCCCGGCAUCUCUUCUACUCUGGAGUGCUCCUCCUCGUCGUGCUGGUGUGCUGCGGCAGUGGUGCUGCGGGAGUUGCGGGGCAGUCGUCUGUUCCAAAGUUUAAAUGGAGGGGCAUCAAUGAGAGUGGAGGUGAAACUGUGGAGUCGUUGGGUGCUCCCAGCCUUCUAAAAGUGGGGAGUGACGUGUUUGCCGUUGCCGAGGCGCAGUGCAAAAAGAAGAAGGAUGGUGAUGUGAGUUUUACUGGCGUUGCAUCCCAACUUCUCACGACAGAAACUGCUGAGACACAGGAGGAAGUUCUGGAAAAACCCAAAGUUUGGACACAAGUACUGGAGGAAGGUGCUUCCGGAGGUCAAAAGAAGAAAGUAGAUGUGAGCCGACCAACAACAGUUUUGAAGGGGGAUGAUAUUUACAUGCUUGUUGGAGUCUACAAUAGAGUUGCCGCUCCUCGACAGGAUGCCAAGCCUGACGCGGCUCAAUUGGGACUUUUGCUGGUGAAAGGGAGCGUCAAUAGUGGUGGGGAUACAAAUAGCAAGAAAAUUGACUGGAAAGAUCUUGAAAAUCCCCCGCAAGGACUUUGUGGCGCACAGCUCGAUUCCUGGACAAGGCUGAUUGGAAGCGGUGGAUCGGGUGUUAAGAUGAAGGAUGAGACUCUUGUGUUCCCUGUGGAAGGCACGAAGAAGGCGGCGGACGACGCUGAAGAGGGUGUGAAGACUGUCUCACUGAUCAUACAGUCGAAGGAUACUGCGAAUUGGACGCUGUCGAAGGGGAUGUCUGACGGUGGCUGCAGCGAUCCCUCCGUCGUGGAGUGGGAGGAGGGAAAACUCAUGAUGAUGACUGCGUGUGCUGGUGGCCCUCGCAGGGUGUACGAGUCCGGUGACAAGGGGGAGUCGUGGACGGAGGCACUCGGGACACUCUCGCGUGUGUGGGGCAACAACAAAAAGGGCGUAAGUGGCGUUAGAAGCGGGUUCAUCACAGCGACUGUUGGAAAUAAUGGUGUUGAUAAUAAAAAAGUGAUGCUCGUCACUCUGCCGGUGUAUGCCGAGAACGACAACAAAAAGGGCAAACUUCAUCUUUGGCUGACGGACAAUACGCACAUUGUUGAUAUUGGGCCGGUAUCCGGUGAUGGUGAUGACGAGAUUACCGCCAGCUCCCUGUUGUACAACAGUGGCGGGAACACUGAUGAGAAGAAGGAGGAGUUGAUUGCACUGUACGAGAAGAAGAAGGGCAACGAUGUGAAGCCAUCACCCGGUAUGGUCUCUGUGCUUCUGACAGAGCAGCUGCAGCGUGUGAAGGAGGUGCUGACGACCUGGAAGGAGGUGGACGGCCGUGUCUCCCAGCUGUGCACCUCAUUAAGUGCUCAGAAGGAGCGUACCUCAACUGACGAUGCUUGCAGCGCUGAUAAGAUCACGGCUGGGCUGGUUGGCUUUUUGUCCGGCAACCUCUCCGGUGACACAUGGAGGGAUGAGUACCUCGGGGUGAACGCCACAGUAAAUAAUAAAGCUGGGGAAGCAGCGUCAGCAGUGACCAUCACGGAUAAGGGUGUGACAUUUCAGGGAGCGUGGGCGGAGUGGCCUGUUGGCAAGCAGGGGCAGAAUCAGCUGUACCACUUUGCGAACUACAACUUCACUCUUGUGGCGACGGUGUCCAUCGACAAUGUGCCGGAGGAGGGAAACACCCCCAUUCCGUUGGUGGGUGUGAAGAUGAAUGGCGAUGGAAAUAAUGUGCUGCUGGGACUGUUGUACGACAGCGGAAAGAAGUGGCAAGUACUGUGCGGUGAAAAAACGACGACGGAGCUCAGCAGCGGUUGGGAGACGGGGACACCUCAGCAGCACGUGGUGGUUUUGUUGAAGAACGGCACCCAGGGCUCCGUUUACGUCGAUGGUCAGCGUGUGGGGAAUGAAGAAUGUGCAUUGGGCAAUGGUGAGUCGAAAGAGAUCUCCCACUUCUACAUUGGAGGGGAUGGAGAAAACGCAGCCAACAACAAAGACGUGUCUGUGACUGUGACGAACGUCCUGCUGUACAACCGCCCGUGGGAUGAAGCGGAGAUUACUGCGCUUAACCCGAAUAAAGACCCCACUCCUCCGGUGACCCCGAAUGCUCAGGAAGCCGGAACUUCGUCUGCUCUUGACGGAAGCCAUCUGACGGAACGGGGACAGUCGAUGGGGAGCAGUGGUGUGAACGGUGUAUCCGCACCAACAGUGCCCAGUGCCAAGACUUCCUCAGGAGAAGAGGGGUCCGCAACCCAGUUGGUGUCAGAAGAAUCUUCCGAUGGAAGUAAAAAUGUGGGUGGCGGUUCCUCGCCUGGCAGUGACGCACCGGUGGAGACAGGAGACCGAAGUACGGUGCAGGGAGAUGGAUCAUCACAAACUCCUGUGGGUACUCCCGCCAUAGCAGAUGCAUAUGACCCUAACGCUGAAGCCAUGGGGCACGAUGGAACCGCAGUGAAUCCUGGGGCGAGCGCGAGCUCAGGUGCGGAUGGGGAGACGGCGGAAGGAACGGACGGGCAGGAGAAGGAGGAGAUCCACGCACAGAACGGGGACGUAAAUGCCACGGCACUCAGCAGCAGCCUCGGAAAUGUGUCGCAGGGGAAUAACACCGAUGCCGGCACCAUGCAUGAGAGCGGACUGCUGCCAUCGCUGCUUCUGCUGUUGGGACUGUGGGGGUUUGCGGCUCUGUGA